UUCAAAAUAUUUCCUUUUCUUUCGAAAAUUAAUAAUCCUUUUAAACGGCAAAAUUACACCCCAAACAGGAGCUCCCAAGUGUAGCCGCAACUUCCCUAUAGUAUUUCUCCAAUCCUGCCAGCCAAGAUGUCAAAAUCCUUCCAAAUCAAAUCAAAAACCCUAAAAUUGAACCCUUUUUAUAAUCACUUCACUAUAUAAAUCACCCAAUCUUCACUGAUCAUUGAUAAAUCACUAUUAAACCUUGAGCUCAAGAAACAAGAAAUGAAAGCCUCACUAAAAUUCCGGGAAGAGCAAAACCCGGUAUUUAGAGCCAAAGUGCCACUCAACAUCUUGGGUUUACCAUUUCAAUCAGGAAUUAUAGCCGGAGAGUCCAAAGAACUUUCUUUAAAUCUCUCUACUUUCUUCCAAUCUGGACCCUCCAUCAAAAUCGCUUACCGUCCUAGUGACACGUGGAACCCCUUCUCCCUCGUUAUCAAAACCGGAACCGGUCACUUCGGUUCUCCGGUUUCUAGCUCCAUGAUUAUGAGUGCGGAGUUCAAUCUAUUGAGUAAAGGUAAUAGUAAUUUAAACCCUAGCUUUAUGCUCCACUUCAAGCCUCAGUUUGGGGAUUUUUCGAUUAAGAAGUCGCAGUCGUCGACUCACGUGAGUCAUCUGACGGGGUCGAUUCUGAACGGGGGCGCUUCGUCUGAUGAUCAUGGGUCGAUUGAGGCCGUUGAGGCUGCGACUCCGACUCCGGAUGUGGUUGAUGGCGUGUUUUGUGGGAAGAGGAUUACGGUUUUGCCACCGGUGACGGCGAGUGCGGUUGCGGGAUUGUUUUCUGGUGUGGAGGUUACGGCGAAGACGAGGCUUCCAGUGAGGAGCAAGGCGGUGGUGAGUUUCCGGUGGGGAGUUCGGGUUCCGGCUGAAAUUAAGAGUGGCGGUGAAUCAACGGCUGGGAUUAAUUUUAGGACGAUACCGGUCUUUGUGAUGAAUAAGAUUGGAAUUGAACACGUGGAUGGUAGAGAUGAGAGGAGUAAGAAAGAGGGGACGACAGGGAAGGUGGAGAUGGAUUCGGGGAAUGCUGAGGUGGCAGAGGCGUGUUUGGGUGUGAAAAGGCAAUUAGAGGUUUUGCAGAGUGAGAACGGGCAUUUGAGGAAAGCAGUGGAGGAAUUGAGUGAAGAAAUUGGCGGAGGGAAAUUAUUAGUUGGGGAUUUGGAUUCUGGAAAAUACGAGAGAAAUGGAAUUAAAAGCCUCGAGUAGAAAGGAGGAGAAACAAUGAGAGGAAGAAAUCAAUGGAAGGAGAUUGAAGAAGAAGAAGGCAUUUAAGGGAACUGCUACUAGUGGUAAUUGGUCCUUGAAAUUACUGGAUAGUUAUAAUUUGGUGCUUAAUACAUUAAGUUUUUUUUUCAUAUCAAUUUUUCAGUUUAUUUAGGGUUUGAUGAACUAUGUUUUUUGGGGUUUUGGUUGGUUUAGUCAUGUAAGUUAAAGAUGUAAAUUAAUUAAAGGGUUAUUAGUGUUUCGGAUAAGGAAUUCGAAAUUAA